AUGUGGCAAAGGUCUACAAAUGUGAAGAAUGUGGCAAAGGCCUUUACUGGUCCUAUUCCCUUACUAAAGAAUGUGGCAAAGCUUUUCACCAGUACUCAAACCUUAUUGAACAAAAUAAUUCAUUCAGGAGAGAAACCCUACACAUGUGAAGAAUGUGACAAAGCCUUUAACCAGUCCUCAAUUCUUAAUAAACAUAAGAAAAUUCAUACUGGAGAGAAACCCUAUGAGUGUGAAAAAUAUGGCAAAGGCUUUAACUAGUCCUCAGUUCUUAACACUUAAGAUAAUUCAUAAGAUAAGAUGAUUCAUAAGAUAAUUCAUACUGGAGAGAAACUCUACGAACCAGAAAGAUGUGAUAAUGCUUUUGACAACACCUCAAACUUUUCUACAACCAUAAAAGAAAUCAUAUUGGUGAGAAAUCCUAGAAAUGUGAAGAAUGUGAUGAAGUCUUUAAAUGGUUGUCGUACUUGAUUAUAGGUAAUAUAAUUCAUAGUGGAAAAAAUUCCUACAAGUGAGAACAA